AUGGAGAACCAGCUAGGGUUCGCCAGGACGUGGAACUUGCUUAGGUACCUGUUAGAUCCGGAGGAGACGAAAACCGCGUACAGACAGAACGUCAACAGAAUUAUACAUGCGUACAAAGGCUCCGAACAGGACAUCUUACGGGAGAUCACGGAACGGUACAUUAGUUCUGCCCAAUCGGACACGCAUCCUGAUUACGGAGGCGCAGUCAACGAAGACCUAGACAGACCGAUCGGCGAGUCAGAGAUCAGGGCAGUGUUACAGAAGCUAAACACUAAAUCGGCGCCCGGGCCCGACGGUAUCACGAACAAAACACUCAGGAAUCUCGACGAUAAAUCGAUAACGAAACUCACGGAGUACCUCAACGCGUGCUGGGAAACCGGGCGGCUACCACAACAAUGGAAGACUGCGCACAUCGUGCUGAUACCGAAGCCGGGUAAGCGACUGCAGCUAGAGAACCUCAGACCGAUCUCGCUGACUUCAUGCCUGGGAAAGGUAUUGGAGCACGUGGUCCUCACAAGGCUGACCAACUACCUCGAGGACCGCAACCUGCUUCCCCACACGAUGUUGGGGUUCAGGCGAAACCUCUCUACGCAGGACGCGAUGCUACAGAUAAAACACCAGGUGAUUGAUAGCCCAACCAGGUCCACCAAGGCCAUACUUGGCCUGGACCUGAAGAAGGCCUUUGAUAACGUAACGCACGCAACCGUACUGGCCAAACUGCAGGAACUCGGCCUCGGCGAACGAACGUAUAACUACGUUCGAGAUUUUCUCACGAAUAGAAAGGCCAAGCUCACUUUCGGGGAGCUUAGUUCCGAGGAAAUAGAGUUGGGUAGCGCCGGUACACCACAGGGAUCGGUCAUAUCGCCCAUGCUUUUUAACAUAGCUCUCGUGGGGUUGCCAGCCAAGUUACAAGAAAUCGAAGGGCUCAAUCACAGCCUUUACGCCGACGACAUUACGUUGUGGGUUACGGAGGGCUGCGACGGGCACAUAGAACAGACGUUACAGCGUGCGAUCGCGACUGUUGAGCAAUACUUAAAGAACACCGGCCUGAGCUGCUCAGCGGAAAAGUCCGAACUUUUAGUUUACAAACCCACGCGAAGAGGCCGCAAGCCGAACGGCUCGAUGAAUGAUAAGGAUCCCAGUAGCGACAUACGACUAAGCACGUCCGACGGGCGACCCGUGCCCAGGGUAGAGAACAUACGCGUUCUGGGCUUACACAUCGCGGCAAACGGCCACAACGGCGAGACCAUCAGAAGACUGGAAGGCGCGGUCGCUCAGACCAUCAGGUUACUGAGACGCAUAGCCAACCGACACAGCGGGAUGAAAGAGGGCAAUAUGAUCAGACUAGUUCAGGCCUUCGUAAUGAGCCGAAUAACGUACGUGGCACCCUACCUCAAGUGGCAGGUCGCGGAGAAGACAAAGAUGGAAGGCUUAAUCAGGAAGGCUUACAAACAGGCAAUAGGGCUACCGAUCAACACGAGCACGAGUAAGUUACUAGAUCUGGGUCUACACAACACGCUGGGAGAAUUGAUAGAGGCACAGAACAUAGCGCAGUACGAACGCCUUUCCAAGAGCCCGACUGGCAGAUACAUACUAGAGAUGUUAGGAAUAAGGUAUCACGCUCAGCACGGUGUCAAACUCGACGUACCAAGCAACGUCAGGGAUAAAUUGGUCGUUCUUCCCUUGCCGAAGAACAUGCAUCCCGAAUACCACAGGGGUCGGAGGGAAAAGAGAGCACAGGACAUACAGAAGAAGUAUGGCAACUGUAGAGAUGCGGUGUUCGUGGACGCGGCCAGAUACGCACACAGGCGCGGCUUCGUGGCCGCAGUAAUAGAUCAUGAGAACGCUUGCAAGACAAGCGUCACGGUACGCACUGAGCACGUGGAGACAGCGGAGGAAGUGGCUAUCGCGCUCGCUGUGGCCACCACCACGGCCGAAGUGAUGGGCCAGGUGCAAAUUUCCGCCACCACACCAAAAACUGAACAAGAAGCAGGCGGUCACGUGGCGACAGCUGCAGACCAGAACGUUUCCGAACCCAGCGAUCUUGAAUCUCUGUUACCCAGAGCUUUAUUCGGCAAGAUGCAAGUUUUGCGAGGCCAGGGCUACCCUGGAACACAUGUUAUGGGAGUGUGA